ACUCUAACCGACGAUGGCGCGCCGAGCCUCGUUCUCUUCUUAACCUCUUGCGCCUCCUCCUGGAUACUGCUCCUGCUGUCUGCGAAUAUGACAAGAUUGGAUAUUAAGGUCCGGACUUUCCCAAGUAUGCUAUCCAUCUGGAUGACCAACAGCAUCGCCAACAGCGGUGACGACACACCUGCAAUUUUCUCUGCAGUCUUUAUCAUCACAGGCCUCAGAAAAAACGCAGGAUGAAAUUGUUUAUUCCUAAUUUUUUUCACGGGCUUCGUGGACCUCGGUCUUCGGUUAUACUCGUUCGCGGGUUCGAAGGGAUCUCCGAAGUUCUGAAGUGCGUGAAGGAAAUGAGGGAUGCGGGAGAGCGUCAUCGUUUACGAUUUGGGAAUCCGUGAUAGGAAGGAGUCGGCGGCGAUCGCUCGUCCCUUUUUGCGAUUUUAAUCGCCGUUGGGUUUCUGCACAAACACACUGCGCUGACGGAUGAAACACAUUCUUCGCUAUGUAUACGUGAAUGUGCAAAUUGACAAUCAAGCUGCGAGAUAAUGAGCAAUUUUACCGAAGCUGAAACAGUUAUGAGCUGACGAUCUUGAAAAAGAUCACUACCAUCCACGAGUGCGUCACUGAAAUUUAUAGCGAUAAAAGUCUACUCGUACCUCCAGCAGCAUGAAAUCUUAAAAUGACUACUUCUUGGCAACUGGCUGAGGCAACGCCGACGUAGAGGAACUGCUGUCGCUGGUCAGCACUUGGAAGGCUAGAGAUAGAGACUACAAAGUUUGCCAUCUCAAGUGUCGCAUCAAGCACCGCAACAAGCCGAAAUCCGACGAGCCCAUAGCCGGUGAUGACGAGGGCGCGACAGCAAAAACUACUAGCUCGCUUAGCAUCUGAGUGAUAUCGUCGAGAGCAGCAGCUCGCGCGACAUGGAAAUAGCGCGAGACAGGACGCUCGCGCUGACGUCCAACUGUCGGAUGACACUCUGAACCAGAGAAUCGAGAGAAUAUAUAGGGGAGGACACGUAACCACAUAUAUAUUAUUCCGGGGAAGCGGAUAAAAGCUAGAAACGGAGACGAGAGAUGAGGAGACGCAGAUCCCAGCCGUGGACCACCGGCUGAUCGUACUUUUCGCCGGACGCCGGAUAUUAAGAGAAGAAAAACGGUGGUGAGAGGAGUUCGCAGGGCCCAUGGCCCGGUGCUGGUUGCACCAGCGCUGGUGGUGGCUCCUGCUCGUCCUUUUCGCCGGGCUCUCGCGGCUCGGCUACAGUCAAAAUCCGAGCGCGACGGCUGCCGCCGCUGCUGGUACCACCACAACGACGACUGGGCCGACGCCACAGGCUGCCAUCACGAGUCCCAGAAUCGUCGUUUUCCUGCGAGAGCAGUGCGACGGAGAGCUCAACAGCACGGAGCUGCUGCGAGAACUACAACGCGGAUACGCAUCUGCCAUUGGCAUGGUGUCCAAAGCCGAGACUUGCGAGGUGCGCUCCUGGGGCCUGGAAGCUUUGGUGCAGGCCUUGAGCCAGAAAACGACGAAGGCGUUGGUCGCCCAGCUCGACUACAACACCUGCGAGGUCGCCGCCAAACUGGCCCACUUGUGGAACAAGUCGCUCAUCACGUGGACCUGCCCUCAGAGAACGGAGGAGGAUAGGAAAUUAUCGUCUGUGGUGAGGCUGUUGCCGUCGCCUGUGGUCCUAGGCCGAGCACUCGCCGAGGUUUUCCUGCACUUCCGAUGGAAGUCCGUCUCCGUGAUUGGCGUCGACAAGGCAGCCUGGUCGAGUCUGGACAGGUCGGUGAUCGCGGGUCUGCGCACUAUUGGCAUCAUUCCGCGGCAUCACGCUGUACUGCCACACAAUGCCAACCCGAGACAGAUUCGGGCGGCUCUGAGGCCACUGAGGGCUAUACCCUGCCGAGCAAUAGUCGUGUGCUUACCGAUCGAAGGAGGUCUUCUCUCCCGGACGCUCGUCGAGCUGGACACAAUGCAGGAGUCCCGAAUCCCAAGUGCAGUGGUUCUCAUCGUCUACCCUCCGAACCCUCAGCCUUUCCUGCCCAACAACGAUGGCGACGAUCGUUACUACGACCCGUCGUCCCCGUUCUCCUCCAGAGACACCAACGACACUUCCAUCCCGGACGAGCUGUUCUUCUCCGAGGAGACACCGCAACCUGACAUCGACGAAAGACGCUUCCUGCCACCACGAGACCUUGGAAGGAACAGCCUCGACAACCUCCUGGCCAUCGUUCCCUUCGAUCAGAGGUAUGAGGUUCAGAGGCUGUUGAACGGCACGACGAGCUAUGAAUCACCACGUACAGUGGACCAUCUCCGUGAGGCUUUGGACGUACUGACGACAACUGAAGACGAGAACAACGUCAACGGCUCGGCCGAGGCUGGACUUAACUCCUUCAAUAACAAGAUGUUCACCUACGGUCUGUUGUCGUAUAGCGCAGAGGCGAGUUGGCAGCCUGUGUUGACGGUCACCGAACAGUUGGAAGGACUUUCGGUGAGAGAGAUACUUAAGAGCGGAUUUGCCGACGAAGAAAUAUUCGACCUUCUCUGCGAUGAUCAGAGCGACUGCCCUGUAGAAAAAAUGUCUGGAAUUCCUCUACACACUGCACAUAUCGUAGCUAUUAUACUGGGCUCAUUACUGUUUGCGUUAACAGCUAUAAUCACCGCCGCCUUAAUACGAAGACACCUGUUGAAGAAACGUAUGUCCAAGGGACCUUACAAAAUUAUAUUGACAGCCACGGACUUCGUUUUUCCUCAAAUUCCAGACGCCAGACGAGUGGACGAGGGCAUCGAGGCGAUGUUGUGCUGCUGGUUGCAACAGCUGCAGGAGUUCGGCGGUCCGGAAGUGGAGAAACCAGACCUCCUGCAAGGCAGCGUUGGCUCUCUCCGUCCACAUCUGCAAGCGAGUAACGGUAAUCUCGCCAGACACAUAUUCAACGAUCCCCGUGCGCGAUACAACGGCGAUCUGGUUCAACUUAAGCAGCUUCCCGUUCAAGGUGCCUUCGAGCUCAAAGGCAAGGCGAUGGACGUACUGGUCACGAUACAUGGUCUGCGCCACGAGAAUCUAAACCCUCUGAUCGGCUGCCUGACAGAGCCCAGCAGGCCAUGCAUCGUCUACGAGUACUGCUCGAGAGGCUCCUUGGAGGACGUCCUUGUGCAGGACGAGAUCAAGCUCGACUGGUCCUUCCGACUCUCGCUUCUCACCGACCUCGUCAGGGGCAUGAAGUACCUGCACAGUACACCGAUACGCGUACACGGCUACCUGACGUCCCGGAACUGCGUCAUAGAUGCCCGAUGGGUGCUCAAGGUCACGGACUAUGGACUGCCAGCUUUCUACGAGGCCCAGAACGUCCAGCCGCCCGAGAGAACUGCCAGAGACCUGCUGUGGACAGCUCCGGAGUUGCUGAGGCACGCAGGCUUGCAAAAGCGGGGCAGCCAACCCGGUGACGUCUACAGCUUCGGCAUUGUCAUGCAGGAAGUCGUGGUGCGCGGAGAACCCUUUUGCAUGCUCGCUCUCUCGCCCGAAGACAUCAUCGAGAAAGUGAAGAAGCCGCCGCCUCUGAUAAGGCCAUCUGUGAGCAAAGGCGCAGCGCCACCGGAAGCUAUCAAUAUCAUGCGCCAGUGUUGGGCCGAGAACGCGGAUAUGCGACCGGACUUCAACGCCGUCCACGAUCUCUUCAAGAAGCUCAAUCACGGCAGGAAAGUCAAUUUCGUUGACACGAUGUUUCAAAUGCUGGAAAAAUACUCGAACAAUCUCGAGGAGCUGAUUCGCGAGAGGACCGAACAGUUGGACAUGGAGAAGAAGAAAACGGAACAAUUACUGAACCGCAUGCUUCCGAGCUCGGUAGCGGAAAAACUGAAGCUCGGCAUGCCAGUGGACCCAGAGGAGUUCGCCGAGGUGACGAUCUAUUUCUCGGACAUCGUUGGCUUCACUACCAUAUCCGCCUACUCGACGCCCUUCCAAGUGGUCGACCUGCUCAACGAUCUGUACACAUGCUUCGACGCGACGAUCAACGCCUACAACGUCUACAAGGUGGAGACGAUAGGCGACGCUUACAUGGUGGUCGGCGGCUGUCCCGUGAGGAUACCGGAUCACGCCAGUCAGAUAGCGACAAUGGCUCUAGACCUGCUACAUCAGAGCGGCAAGUUCAAGCUCCGGCACUUGCCCAAUACUCAGCUCAGGCUCAGAAUCGGCCUUCACACAGGACCAUGUUGCGCUGGAGUCGUGGGUCUGACGAUGCCAAGGUACUGUCUCUUCGGCGACACUGUGAACACGGCUUCGCGGAUGGAGUCGACGGGUGCACCCUGGCGCAUCCACUUGAGUCAGGCGACACGAGAUCGGUUGACACAAGUUGGCGGCUAUGUCAUCGAGUACCGGGGACGUACUGAUAUCAAGGGUAAGGGCAAAAUGCCUACCUACUGGCUACUGGGCAAGCAGGAUUUUGAUAAGGAGCUGCCGGUGCCACCACCACUCGGCGAGGAUCAUGGAAUCGAAGAUAUCUUAAUCCUGGAGACUCUUCAAACCUCCGAGCAACAACAACAGCAACAACAACCCCAGCAACAGCCCUCGGAUUCAACCUCAAGUCUAAUAGCUCAUCUUACCGGUCAACUUCCAACGCUAAACUCAACAGAAGAUGAUAGUUCAGCCGAGUGUAGCGUCGCGGUCUCCCUCCCAGCCGUCGCUACCACUAGUCGUGAAUCACACGCAUCACCAGCCAAGUUCGCCCACAGCGAACAAUCGUCCAUUGACAAAGGCACAGGUCUCAAACGAGUAGCCGUGUCAGUACACGAGGACAGAGCAGCUGUUCUGGGCCAAAGUUUCUCCAUGAGAUCGGUAGGACCGUCCGAUACGAUUGACGUGGCUUUUUGCAGGGAUGGAACCAGGUCGACGCCGGAUUACGCUAGUGCUACUGUCACGAAAAGCACCAGCGGGGAUAACCCCAUGACGCUGGGUGAGUCUGCCAGUUGCUUGUCGGAGCGGAGCGAGGGUACCCCUGUAUCAGCAACAGAAGUAGCAGCAGCGCUUCUCGGUGCCUCAUCAACGUCCAUCAACUCGGUUUCGAGCUCGGUGUUUCGCGGAAGGCCUCGUCGGGUUGGCGUCAUCGACGAAGAUGACCUAAGCACACCUUACAAUCAUUACCGGUGCUUGUCGCCAAACGAGCACUCGUAUGCCGGCAAAACGUCGUUCGAGCCGAGCAUCGCGGAGAAAAGCCUGCACGCGCGUCGCACCCUCGGUCGGUCUCGAAUCAAGUCGCUGGACAUUGAGAGUAGUAUCGCUGCAGGCCGGGCUGGCGGUAGCUGCCGACUCUUACGCCGGCAGUUCAGCCUGGACCGAGCUGACGAGCCGACAGGAGCAUCGUCUUCGGGAGCAGCUUCUUCGUCCGAGCAGCAAGUGCCGCUGCAACACAGGCCACCGCCGAGGCUCUUCAAACAGAACAGCGCAGGUGCGGCCAACGACCUGGAACGCAUUGAAGAGGUGCCCAGUACGCCUCAGGCUAGUGCUGGGCAAGCUUACAGGCACUCGGCUUCCGUGUCGCUGUCCGUAGAGUCGCUCACAUUGCGCUGAACUAGAACUUUUUUUUCUAAAGUUCGUGUUGUAAAUUUUAAGUGCUGUAAAUCUAUGAUGAUCUCAAACUGUUGGACCUCCGGGUGUGUACUGGUUUUUUAUCAUUGUGAGCUGUAUAUCUAGUCGUAUUUGUAAUAUCUUGGAGUUUUCUGACCAUAUCAAACUCAAAUAAUAUCUUUGGUAUUGUUUAACCGAAUUUUUUUUCUUGAACGAUAUUCACUUUUAGUUGUUUUAUCGAAUCAUUAAUUCUGACCUGUAUACACGACCAGAAAUAAACACAGUAAUCAAAACCCCCGUACACACAAUUCUGCUACAUUUUAAGAUAAUGAGUAUAUUAUAUUCGUUCCAAAAAGGUUAAAUAUCGUAACGAUUAUAUAAAAAGAGAAAAUAAAAAUAUCAAAAGAAUUCUUUAUAAGAGAUUAAAAGGGUGUUCAUAUAUGUAUACUUUCUACUAAGGUGAAUGACUAUAAUACAUACAUCGUUUGAAUAUUCUUGACAACACUGAACAUAAUAUAUACACAUACACCCUUCGUAAUGUUACAAAUUGAUGUAGGAGUAGGUGCGAGUGGAUUAGGUUAUAAUAAUUGAGACACACUUGUAUACUGGUAAAGAGAAUAUAUUUAUGUCCGAUGCGUGUGCUAGGAGAAUCGGAGCUAGACUAGUUUUGAUUGUAAGCAAAAGGAGAGAAGCCAAGCCAGCUAUAUACCGCAGCACAAUACGUGUAUACAUAAACAUAGGCGGGAAUUUUAAUUGC